UAAGCUAUUUAAGUAUCUCGUCUAUGACACUGAUUCAGCCUCGGCAGCCCGCGCGCCUGCAGGAAGUGACGCCGGCGGGCGGUUGGAGACACGGUUGGAAUCUAAAUUUUGAAUCUGGGCGAUGCCCGCUGCCGACGGUUCAGGGUCGGUUACCGGCCCCGCUCUGGCGUUGGCUUUGGCGGCCGGCUCUCUCGGAGCUCUGGCUUCCACCGCGGCCAAACUCUCCCUCGGAGCCGGCAAUGACCUGGGAUGGGUGGACCGGGGGAAGGCCGAAUGGCUGCAUAUAUUGCUUCAAGUAGGCUGUGGUGGAAUGGCAUUUCUGUUUAAUGCUCUGAUGUGGACAUUUUUUGCCAAAGCACUACGAUAUUCUUCUUCAGCACGGGUAUCUGUGACCACCAUUGCUUCCAAUUUUCUCUCAUCAGCCUUUCUUGGAAAAUUGCUGUUUGGAGAAGUUCAUGAGAUGUUAUGGUGGAUUGGGAUCACAAUAACUUUAUGUGGAUUGCUGCUGCUUCAUACAGUUAAAGAAAUGAAGGUCCAAAGUGAUGAUUACAAAAAAGAAGAAUAAACUAUAUGUGGGAAAUUCUCUCAUCGAUGAAAUAAAUGAACUGAAACUGUU